UCCUACAUGGACUGUGAAAGGAAUUUCCAUCACUGGUUUCCUUUUUUUGGUUUGUUCUUGACAUAAAAGUGAGCUUUAACGGACCAUCUGUGACUUUGCCUUCUCCAAAAGUGCAGAUCAUCAGUCCCAAAAACUUGUGGUAACGCUGUGAAGAUGAAAUCCUGAAUUUUUCUUACCGAGUCCAGCCAGUUGAACAGUUAUGACAAAUGAUCUUGGCGGCAGUUUCAGCCUAAUGGCUAUUGCACAACUGUAGUAGUAAUGAGCGGGCGGAGCUGCUUGUUUGCCUCUGGAUCCCCUCCUCCAUCUGAUCGCGCUAAACGGAGCGACCCAAAACCUUAAAUUCCUCCUGGCCACCUCUAAAGAAAGACGCACAACUUCUGCUGACCAGUGUCCACGUAGUCUUUUGGGUUCUGCAAUUUCUGAUUCUGAGAUAUCAAAGUGGGAAUUCUAUCUUGGAUCGCUUCCCUAUGCGCUAGCAGUGUUUUGAUAAGGUUGGAUGAUUUUCGGGUUACGCACAUCGGAGCAGAGAACUUUAGCGGUGUGUGGCCUCUCCCCUUCUCCACCGUGACCUCUGAACCCCAGAAGAUCUUCUCCCCCUCCCCUCCCUGAGGCCGGACCGUUAUCGAUGGCGCUGGGGACGUUUCUGCGCUUCGGGAAGCAGUUGCUGAGGGUGAAGGUGGUAAAUUGCAACUCCGAGGACUCCCGUCUGUCCCGAUGCCUCAAUACGUUCGACCUGGUCGCCCUGGGCGUUGGCAGCACGCUGGGCGCUGGUGUUUAUGUGCUCGCUGGUGCUGUUGCACGAGAGAAUUCAGGUCCUGCUAUUGUGCUGUCCUUCCUGAUAGCAGCCUUAGCUUCAGUGUUGGCUGGUCUUUGCUAUGCUGAGUUUGGAGCUCGUGUCCCCAAGACGGGCUCUGCUUAUCUUUACUCCUAUGUAACUGUAGGAGAACUCUGGGCCUUCAUUACUGGAUGGAACCUCAUCCUCUCCUAUAUAAUUGGUACCUCCAGUGUGGCCCGUGCAUGGAGCGCUACCUUCGAUGAGUUGGUAGGGAAGCGCAUCGAGCAGUUCUGCAGAGAGUACAUGUCCAUGAAUGCACCAGGAGUGCUGGCAGAGUAUCCUGACAUGUUUGCUGUUCUCAUCAUUAUCACUCUUACAGGUCUGCUGGCAUUUGGAGUCAAAGAAUCAGCAAUGGUGAACAAGGUUUUUACAUGUAUCAACAUCCUAGUGUUGUUGUUCAUGGUGAUCUCUGGCCUGGUCAAAGGCACGAUGAAGAACUGGCAGCUGGACCCUGAAGAGAUCCUUCAUGCCAAUUAUACAAGCAACUCCAGUCACAAUCUGACAGACAUUCUGCUAUCCAAGGAGAGUUUAGGAGUUGGUGGCUUCAUGCCGUUUGGCUUCACGGGUGUCCUGUCGGGAGCUGCUACCUGUUUCUAUGCCUUUGUAGGAUUUGACUGCAUCGCCACCACAGGUGAAGAGGUGAAGAACCCCCAGAGAGCCAUUCCUAUCGGCAUUGUGUCCUCGCUGCUCAUCUGCUUUGUAGCGUACUUCGGUGUUUCUGCCGCGCUCACCCUCAUGAUGCCAUACUACCUGCUCGACAGCAAUAGCCCUCUGCCUGUAGCUUUCAAAUAUGUGGGUUGGGGAGGAGCCAAAUAUGCUGUAGCUGUAGGCUCUCUUUGUGCUCUGUCUACCAGCCUGCUGGGUGCUAUGUUCCCUAUGCCCCGUGUGCUCUGGGCUAUGGCUGACGAUGGGCUGCUUUUCAAGUUCAUGGCCGAGAUCAGCCCUCGUACCAAAACCCCGCUAAUUGCAACCCUCACCUCUGGCAUAGGGGCAGCAAUCAUGGCAUUUCUGUUCGACCUGAAGGACCUGGUGGACCUGAUGUCAAUAGGGACGCUGCUGGCCUACACACUGGUGGAAGCCUGUGUCCUGGUGCUCAGGUACCAGCCCGAGCAGCCCAGUCUGAUGUAUCAGCUGGCUAAUACCCAGGACGACGGGGAGCUGAGCGACGGCAUCAGUGUCCCUAGUAUGGGCAUCCUGCCUGGUGUGGAGGAGAGGUUCAGCUUUAAAACAUUGCUGUUCCCAGACAACCCUGAACCAUCCACUUUGUCAGGCUUCAGUGUUAACAUCUGUGCCUCUGCUUUGGGUUCUCUGAUCCUGAUAUUCAGUAUACUGGCAGUGCAGGGAGGCACUGCAGUAUGGAACAUUGUAGCCCUCAGUGUCAUCUUCAUGGUGUGUCUCAUCCUCGUCUUCAUCAUCUGGAGGCAGCCUGAAAGCAAGACGAAGCUCUCCUUUAAGGUUCCUCUGCUUCCCUUCGUUCCAGUGAUCAGCAUGUUUGUCAAUGUCUACCUGAUGAUGCAGCUGGACAGAGGCACUUGGAUUAGAUUUUCAGUCUGGAUGGCUAUAGGUUUCGUGAUCUACUUCUGCUACGGCAUUCAUCACAGCACCGAGGCAGCUGUUGCUCGCUCAUCUCCAGACAUGGAGAUGAACGGCUUCAAGCCAGACCAAGAAUUAGAACCAAUGUCACCGGUAAAGGAGGCCUUCCUCCACAAUGGCGUUGCUAGCAGGGAAGAGGAUGAUGGAGAUCUGUAGGGAACUGCUUCAAUGCCAACCAGCCGUGACACCAGUCUCUGUAUUGGAAUGUUUUUGACAGGAAAACUCCCCAGUCCCUCACUGGCGGUACUCGCUUUGGAGGAAAGCAAUGACAAAUAACUUUGACCUAAAACUCCCAAACCUCUGACUUUCCCCUUCGACUGCUGGGUAGAACACAGACAACUGAUGAUAAUACUCGUGCCAAAACAGACUUUAAAUGUUUCAACUGACUUGUUCUGUAACUUCAGUACUCCGCAAAAAGGUCGUUCCCCACUUUAGCUUGGCCUAGAGAUUCAACUGCUCAUUAUCGCUUGGUUGUCAGAGCGGGAGUCAGGUUGGAGACAUGAAACAUGUCAGUGUUUAAGGGAGGUUUGGAGAUAGCAGGAGACCACGUUGUCUGUUUCUCUUCAUGCUGGGAUGUAGUUACUUCUUUGGAGUGUGUCUUUACAUUGCUGCCAGUAGAACUAUGAGCAAGAGCUGAAGUCUGGGUGCAAAGAAGUAAUGCGUUUUUGUACGGUGAAAACACAACUAUGUAUAUACAUAAUUCUAAAAAUCUGAUAACACGUGUCAGUAUUAAAUGCACAUUGGUACAUUUUCUAUAACCUACCAGUUCUUAUGUAACAAAUUUUGAAAUGCUGCUCUAACAGUUCUCCUCUGAUAAGAUGGAGCUGGCUCAAUGCACAAUACACAAACACACUUUGUGUGUCAGUGAUGUAAUACAGAAAUCAGUGCUUGUGUAAGUAGGGCAGCAGGGAGCUACAUUUUACAUUUUCCACAAGUCCAGUUCUAAAUCUCAAGGAUUGCAUUGAGGCUGGGCCUGGUGUCCUGUUGUGGUUGUACAGUUUUGUUUCACUGCAGGCGUUUGAUUUCUCAAGAAACCAUCAUGAGCCAUCAACCUGCAAAUUAUAAUGCAGAAACUGCUGUUACAAGACAUCUGAUGGGACGGUUCCUUACUCUGAAAUACAGAGAUUUAAAGGAAGUGAUAUGGCCUAAAGCCAAAAUAAGGAACAUUACAAAAGGUCACGCCAUGUGCCUUAUAAUAUUGAAUAUUGUAAUAUUUUUAAAUUCACUCAGUUUUAUGGGAUAAUCAUAUUUCUGAAUUCUGAAUGUUGAACACCGGGUAAAGACACUGACAGUUGCUGAUUGUCGUCAUGUAACACUAGAUGAUAGUGGAUUUUCACAGUGCUGGCUGCUGUGUUUUUGCAUAUGUAGCUUGUAGCAUUUAAUUUUCUCUUUUCAAAAGUAACAGGCCACUUUUUCCCUAACAGUUUUUUUUCUUAAAACCUCUAUUUGGUGGAAUAUAUUUGUCGUGAAUUUGUCUGACACCUGUUCUCUUGUCUAGUGACGUGUUUUUAUUACCCCCACCACCAAAAACAAUACAAAUCUAUAGAUAUAUAGUGUUUUUUUUAAAAUUAUGAAUCUGAUUCAAUUUAAUAUUUACAAGUCAAUGAAAGUUUGUCACACUUGUACAUCUAUUUUUUUGCUUGUUGUCAUUAAAGUAUUAAAUACUUUUAGACAUUUUUGGUUUCUUUUCAUCAACUCAAAUUAAUAGGUCACCAGUUAAUCACUGAAGUGUCAUAACAUUGUGGGUUAACACAGUGAAGAGAAGACAAUUAUCAAAAGUGAUUCAGUAGAAUAAGAGGUAUCCAAUUUUUUUUUUAACUCCGUGCAUUCUUUUUCCUUGCGUGGAUUACCCACAAUGCAAUCAAUUGGACUUUGCGCAGCUCCCUGUCGAUACAAAAGACUAUACACAACUUUUGUUCCCAAACAUGCCAUAACAACAGUGCACAGACUUCCAUGUCUAAAAUCAGCCUCAUCUCGUUUAAUCCACAACCCUUCAGCGCAUUCGCUGUUUGUUUUUUUUUACAGCAAAGUAGCUGUCAAUCACCAGUACCAUGUAUAAUCAAGGUUGUGUAUAUAAGAAGUUGUGUAUAUUUCUUGCAGUAAAUUAUUUGUAAAUCAGAAAAAAUGCUUUUUGUUAUUUUGAAUGACUUUUGCAUCUGUCUUUCGGUUCUUUGGUUUUACUUCUCUGUUUGUGUCCGGCGUUGAGCUUCUUAUGUUGUGUUUACAUGAUCAGUGAAAUUUUGUGUCCUCAGAUGAUGAAGGUAGCAAAAUUAUCGCCUUCGCCACUGUUUUAACAUGUGCCUUACAUUUAUUACUCCUACAACAAAAAAUUGAAAUACCAAAACUAGUUGUUGUAGGCUCAAAGUGGGCCGAGUGUAAUGUAGUUUUUCACAGUAGAAGUGCAAUUAAAAAAAGCUGUGACAUCACAUUAUUACUGCAAAUAUCUCCACAGAGCUGUAAUUUUACUGCAACUGACCAUGAGCUUCUUUUUUUGUAAUUCUUCAGUUACAAAUAGGCAGUUUCACCAGCAGACAAAGCAUACAAAAAUGUUCAAUUUCCUAGAAUUUUACUUUUUUAAAAGAAAUCUAGCAUUGACAGUCUGCAAAUGAAUCGUGAGCAUAUUAAAUCUAUCUAUGGAUUGUGAAACCUCAGUGUUAUUUGUGAAAAAUACAAUGUAUAUAUACACAUGUAUAAAUAGGUGAUCAUUUGAUGCUGCUUUAAAAGUUUGGUUUCUCCUUUUAUGAGGCGUUUGAUGUUUCAAAUCCAUCGUCAAUUUUGGAUUACCAGCUGUUUCAUGUUCAUGUCAUUUUGCUUCACUUUUAUCAGACUUUUAUUUUCUUAUUGUACUUGUUAUUGCUGGUCAUUUUUUUGGUUAUUGUUGGCUUCCAGUGUGCUUGAAAUUAGAAGUAAAUGUCUUUGUACUGGGUUCACAUAAAUGGGUCGUUUAUUAUCA